UUCUCUAUUCUAUCCCUUUCUCUGUCAACUGCUAUUCAACAAUUUCUUCAAAAAUGUUUAAUUUACAUAUGGAUCUUUUGAACUCUGUCUUGGAUCUUGCAGUGCCUCCGGUGAGCUUAGUGUUGCUUGCCUUCGCCUGGCCGGCCUUGUCCUUCAUCAAUUCCUGUGAGUGGAUAUAUGGAGUCUUCUUUGCUGAAAAUAUGGAAGAUAAAGUCGUCAUUAUCACCGGAGCCUCUUCUGGAAUUGGCGAGCAAAUUGCAUAUGAAUAUGCAAAAAGGAAGGCCAAUCUUGUAUUAGUUGCUCGAAGACUAAAUAGGCUGACAGGGAUAAGUGAGAAUGCAAGGGAGUUUGGUGCUAAGAAUGUGAUGAUAUUUGCUGCUGAUGUUAUCAAGGAAGAAGAUUGCAGGAGAUUUGUCACAGAGACGGUUAACUUCUUUGGACAUGUUGAUCAUCUGGUAAACACAGCAAGCUUAGGGCAUACCUUCUACUUCGAGGAAGCAAAUGACAGUUCUGUGUUUCCCAUCAUAAUGGACAUUAAUUUCUGGGGAAAUGUUUAUCCUACAUAUGCUGCCCUUCCUUAUUUACGCGAAAGCAAUGGAAGAAUAGUAGUUAAUGCAUCAGUGGAGAGCUGGCUACCUCUUCCGAGAAUGAGCUUAUAUUCGGCGGCAAAAGCAGCCCUUGUGAACUUCUAUGAGACAUUGAGGUUUGAAGUGAAAGACGAUGUAGGAAUUACAGUGGCAAGUCAUGGUUGGAUUGGGUCUGAGAUGAGUGGAGGGAAAUUCAUGCUUGAAGAUGGUGCAGAGAUGCAGUGGAAAGAAGAAAGGGAAGUACACGUAUCUGGAGGUCCGGUGAAGGAAUUUGCGAAGUUGAUAGUUAAAGGUGCAUGUAGAGGAAACUCACAUGUGAGGUAUCCAAGUUGGUACGACACAUUCCUUCUGUAUAGAUUCUUCGCACCAAAAAUCCUCAACUGGACACUUCAGUUGCUCUAUGCUAAUGAUUCAAGGAGAAACUCCCUCAUAGGAACUGGAAGACCUCUUCUCGAGGCAGCACCAGCUACUGCUGCUUCUUCUUCAUCUUCUCCUUCGUCUUCUCUUACACAGUCACCUCCGCGAAAGUAUUUCGCCAGUUCUGGAAGCUUUCCUCCAUCUCCAGUUCAUCCAAUGUCAAAAUUAGAAUAGCGGGGUAUGUCUGUUUCCUUUCCUUUUGUUUUGUUUUGCUUUUGUUGUUGUUGUUGUUGAAGAAAUGGACUUUAUUUACUUGUUAA